GCUGUGAAAUUCCAGGAUUAUCCCUCAAGCAAGAUCCAGAAAAUGUACAAGGAAGAUUUUAGGAAGAUGAUUGAAGACAACAGGACCAGCAGUGACUCACUCACAGCCUUCACUCACACCAACACCACGAGCACCAUACUGAUUACUGUCUACUCAGUUGCCUUUGCUGGAGGUGGGAUCGGGUCCCUCGCAAUGUCAUUUGUGUUGGUCAAGAUGAACACUCUGUCCGUGACCACUACAGCCAUUAUUAACCUGGUCGUUGUGCACAGCCUCCUCCUCUUCACGGUGCCCUUCCGCCUGCACUACUACGUCAACAAGCAGUGGGUAUUCAAGAUGCCGUUUUGCAAAGUGGUGAGUGCAAUGGUGCACAUCCACAUGUACCUAACCUUCCUGUUCUACGUGAUCACACUGGUGAUCCGGUGGCUCAUCUUCUUUCAAUGGAAGGACAAGGUGGAGUUUUACCGGAAGCUGCACGCCAUUGCGGCAAGUGCUGCCGUGUGGGUCUUUGUCAUGGUCUUUGUGGUGCCAGUCUUGUACUUUGAGUAUGGACGUUCGGGCUCAUACAACGAUACAACGUGCUUUAAGUUCCAUGAAGAACUACAGCAGGACAGCGUGAAAGCCCUAAACUACACCAUAAUUGCAGCUGUCGCCGGCACUACUUGUGUCUUCUUGGGCCUGCAGAUGUUCAUCCUGGUAAAAGUGGCAAGAAAGUUUUCCACCUCCCUCUGGUCACACCAAGAGUUCUGGGCCCAGGUGAAAAACUUGAUUUUCAUCUGCGUCAUCAUAAUUUGCUUCCUUCCCUAUCACCUCUUCAGGGCCUACUACAUACAGCACGUGAGCGACUUUGGCCAGUUGGAAAGCUAUAAUGAAGUUUUUUUGAGUCUGACUGCCCUCAGCUGCCUGGACCUGCUGUCGUUCGUGCUGAGUGGAAGCCGACUCUUCAAGCAGAAGGUGGGCAUGCUCCGUGGCAGGUUGCCUUGCUGCUAG